CUCUAUCCAAACGUUUCCGAUCCCAUCCGAUCCGAUCCAAUCCGAUCCGAUCCGAUCCCAUACGAAACAAAGCCAGCAGAUUCGAAAGUUUUAUACCGCGUGCAGCAGAAGCAGCAGCAGCAGCAAAAAAGCAAUAGCAAUAACCAUUCAGUGAACAACGGAAACGGAAAGUAAAAGCUCCGAUCGCGACCACAUUCAAAGGCAGACAGACAUGGCCGAGACAAUCAACAACAAGCCGAGCAUACAGAUCCGGAGCGGACUGCCCUCGCCUCUGCCGGACAAGACGCCCUCGCCGGCCACCAAGCUGCUGAUCAGCCACGGCAAGCCCAACUUCACCAUCGCCAAGUCGCCGAAGAUCGACGAGAACGGAAACGCAAACCCACUGUCCGCCCAGCCCAGCGCCAACAACAACUACAACGCCUACAAGAGCGCCAACAGCAGCGUGGCCAACAACCAGAAGUUCAUAGUGGGCACCAAGUUCAACGGAGUCUUCAAGCCCUCGAAUGUCCUCAAUGCAAAUGCCAAUGGCAAUGGCACCUCGGAGACGGAGAAUGAGGUGGCCAAGGUCGUCCUGCGGCGCCCUAAGCUGGCGGACUCACCCCCUCCCGCAGACGGCGAGGACGAGAACGUCCCGGAAUUCAUCAGGCGCCAGCGACGCAUCCAGGAGCGUCUGGCCAAGGAGAACGUGCUGGACUUCGAGAGCCGGCGCAGCGGCUACUUCACGCACGUAAUGAUCUCGCCGGACUCGCCCAACCGCACCUCGUUCGUGGAGACCAUGGCCAGUCCGGCCAUAGUGCCCGCCCUCGAGAUUCCCGCUCCUGUAGCCGAGAAAGUUGAGGAGGAGGAGAAGGAGAAGGUGGAGGUGGAGGCCCAGCCUCUGGUGGCCGCUGUCACCACCUCAGCCCUGAUCACUGAACCCGAACCAGAGGCCAUUGUAAGCAAUGGACACGGUGAGGAGCCAAAGAACUCUGACGUGGCGGCCGAGGAGGUGGCCAAGGCCAUUGAGGAGGUUAACCAGGCAGUGGCAGGAGAGGAUGAGACGGAGGUAGAAGCCACCCCCGAGCCCGCUCCAGAACCAACUCCAGAGCCGGUGGCAGCCGAACGAAAGGCAGAAGCCGUGGUAGAGGAGCCCACCCAAGCCCCGGCUCCCGUGGAAGCCAAGGUGGAGGUGGUAGAGCCAGCUACCCCCGUGCAAAAUGGCCAGAAGGAAGAGAAGGCUGUUCCUGCCACAAAUGGCCAGAAGGAAGAGGAGGCUGUUCCUGCCACAAAUGGCCAGAAGGAAGAGGAGGCUGUUCCUGCCACCAACGGCCAGAAGGAGGAGGAGUCCAUCACCAUUUCGCACACCAACGGACAGAGCAGCGACGGACCCAGCAUACCCACUCCGGAUCCCAGUGGCGCUCUGGGAGUGAACUACGAACCCAAGACCGUGGUCAGCUUCUCGCAGGAGCUGGGAAGCGGGGAGAACAAGUAUCCCGAUACCGUGAAGGUGGUCAGCGAGGUGCCCGCCGAAUCCAAUGGGGAGCUCAAGGAACUGACCAAACUGAAGUUCGACAUCCAGAGCGACGAGCAAAACGAGGUUCAGGUGACGCCCGUGCUGAGGACGGACUAGGAGAUUGGCGGACCUGUAUCGUGAGGAAGAGGAUCAGGAUCAGGAUGAGGAGUAGUGCAAUUUGUUUGUUAAACAAGAAACCAUCAACUAUAUUGUGUUGUAUUUUGUGUUAGCUGCUAAGUUGAUUACGAGAAAUGUUGCCAAAUUUAAUUUUAUGCUUCGCGCAUCAGUCAGUAUCGAGAAUGGAGUUGGAGUUGGAGUCGAAAUGUCCUAAUCCCCCAUAGAGCCACCCAUGGAGGCCGGGUCCCCAAAGCGUCUUUUCGGGACUUUCUAGACCAAACUACGUGUAUUGCAAUAGACACCAUUUGCUUUAUUUAAAUAAAUUAUUAAUUAAUAUUGA